GUUUCUAUGGGAGGCUUAGCGAAACCAAGCCUAAGCAAUCCCAAGUCGUACGCUACGCGCUCCAGCCGCUCCUAAGUGACCUGUUUCUAUGGACUUCAGGAACCACGGGGGAACCAGCCUUUUGUAUACGCUAUCCUUGAACUUAAUUACCAACUGGAGUUGGUGUUGAAUGUUUGUUGAACCGGACCGCGAUACAUGGCAGCCGUGAAUGUCCGUUUGCGGUCCUGCCGGUCUGGAACUAGCCUUAUAAUUUGUUAGUCCAGUUAAAAUAGCACCCCAAGGCACGUCGGUGCGACUCCUGGGCAGAGGGCGUAACAGCCAUUUGGGGAUAUAGGACCCCCUAUCUUGACUGUUAAUAUAGAAGUCUAAGGUUGCAAUUCAAUUCUCUUUGCAUCCCAUAAGUAUCGCUGCGAGAGCUUUGUGCCUUGUAAUACACAUGAGGGGUCUCUCCAGCUUCACGCUGUUCCUCCUCCUCGGAACUGGUGGCAAGGCUGUCUACGACCACUAUGUAGACCUUUCCAACAGGCUAGACACUUUCGCGGACCGUCUCUCCGAGCUUGACAAGGUUACGGCGCUAUCUGUGCGGGAGCUGGCUAUCGAGCAGAAGCACCUAAACGAGCAGAUGCAGCGCCAAAGCGAGCAGAUAGAGCGUCAAAUCGAGCAGAUGCAGCGCCUAAGCGAGCAGAUGCAGUGCCAAGGCGAGCUGCAGCGCGACAUCCAAGCGUUGGCCAUGGAGAUGCGCACCAAAUUGUUCACGGAGUGAUGUGGCAGAUGGGUUGCCCAUGCGUUUUGCUUAUGCUUAAAGCAUGAUGCAAGGGGUGUCAGACGUAUGUACUGUAGACUUCCUUUUCUCCUGAGCCAAAAAAAUGGAUGGGACCGAAUAGCGAAGCUAUGGGCUCCAUUGGGCCCUAUGCCCCGCCUGCUCCCUUUCCGUGAUACCACAAGCUAGCUAAGACUCUAUCCUUGGCGUCCACCAUAUAGGACUCAACAGCAACACCGCCGUUAUUGAUGCUACAAUCGUAUCCAGCAGCCGCAGGAGCAGCUGCUGUUGCUGUUGCUGCUGGGCAGAGGCUUGAGUGAUGUCCUUGGACGGACAUUCGGUGGUUGGUGUUUGAAGCGGGCGCCAGGGAGGAGCCCGAGGAGCUCCUUUGGCACAUGCUGUCGCAUAGCAGGGUAGCAGGGGGGAAAGUGGCGGCAUCAGGA